AUGUCUGAUCCUGAAGAGAUCAUUAAAGCUCGCAUCAAGCCCAAGAUACGAGCAGCUCUAGAGACAGCUGCAAGAGAGAUGCAUCCUAAUGGAUUCCGCAUAGACAAAGACAAUUUUGAGAGGCUUAUGGAAAUUAUCACGAUUGAGAGGAUAUUACCUAACGACAGCUGUAAACCAAACUCCCCCCCACACGCACACAGAGUGUGUAUCAGUGUUCAGGCAGACUUUCAAAUUUGUGUGUAUCUCGCACUCCCUGUCAAGAAAGGAGCUGCCCUUGCAGGAGAUGUUGUCACGGUGGCUGGUGCUACCGGAGGUACCGCUGGAGGGAUAGCUGCGGGGGCUCUGAUUGGCUCCGUUGUGCCAGGGGCGGGGACUCUAGUAGGCGGACUUAUCGGUGGGAUUGUCGGUGGCAUUGGUGGUCUGUUUGCCGGUGGAAAUAUUGCGGCAGAAUCUAAAGCGGAAGAAGAAGAAGCUAACGACAAACAUGACGUUGUUCGCACUACUGAAGUUUUUAAGAAGUUGGAAGAAUUUUCGAGCGACAAGAACAACAACACGUGUAGCUGUAUGGUGACUGCACACAUGCAGUGCCCCGGUAUUGUUGACAAGGGAAACCCCCCUGAGGAUGUCGUUGAUAAGGGAAACCACCCUGAGGACCACCAAUCUGACAAUGAUAAAACAGAGUGAUAAAUAAUCUGCAUGAAUGGUAGUAUAUAGAUAACUUACCGCUUGAGCUAGACUGAUUUGUUUCAGAAGUUACUGUGUAUAACCAUUCUCAUACGAAAACUCUAAUGCUGAAUGAUAUUGUGUUGUUCUCAUUUGCCUCAUUAACUUUGUAAUAAUUAUUCUGAAUUAUUGAUUUUGUUAGAAUACUUAUGCUUCAUGUUUUGAGCAAAAGAUCAAACACAUGUGUAAAGCAUCUAACAUUCUUAUUAUUGACUUUUUAA